UUCAUUUUUCAAUUUUUCAACUUUGUGUGCACAUAUAAUAUAUGACAAUCAUUCUUGUGUGUUUCUUAUAUAUUAUUGAUUGAUUUCGAUUUCGAUCCAUUUAGCAACAUCAUCAUUUUUUUUUCUGUCGACAAAUAUAACCUGUAUAUGCAAAAUGUAUUAAUAUGCCAAACAUUUCCUUCAAACAUACAAGAAAAUUUUUCUUUUGAAAAAAAAUCCGUCGAGCUUCCAAUAAAAUUAGAAGAAAAAAAAAUAUAAACGAAAAAUUCGAUUUUCAAAUUUCGACCUAAACAAACUUUAUUGCCAAAAACAAAAAAUUCCCAGCUCUGGGCACACGAUGCUUGAGUGAAUACAACGAUUUUCGAUUCGAAUGUUUUCAAACCCUUAUUAUUAUUAUUAUUAUUAUCAAUCAUCAUUACGAAUGAUCUCAUCAUCAUUGAUACUUAUCAUAUGGAUCAAUAUAAAUUUUGUUUUUUCACAACUUUCAUCCACUCAUCAUUCAAACCAAUCACCAUCGAAUGAAAUUGUUGAUCAUCCAUUCAAUUAUUCUUAUCAAUUAAUUUUCUUCACCAUUCUAAUAGUGACCAUAAUAACAUUAAUACUUUAUUGUGGAAUUAUUAUGAUGAUGAGAAAAUCAUCUGAAAAAAAUGGCCAAAUUUCACCAUUGGCCACCAUUAAUGAUUCAUCACAAUCAUCAUCAUCAUCCGGUUCCUCUCCAUCAACAUCAUCAUCAUCAUCAUCAUCAAUGAUGAAUAAAACAUCGAUACGUUAUUUGGGUAAAGGAUUAGAUUACCAGAAUCAGUCAAUACCAUACAAGGAUAAUCCAGUAGAGCGUAUAUCCAAACAAUUGGAACAUAAACGUACUUUGUAUACAUAUCAAUAUGAACAGGUUAAAACCUUGAACGAUAUAUUUGAUCGUGGCCAUCGACAAUCUAAAAAUGGAAAAUGUCUUGGUCAAAUGAAUACGGCUACAAAUACUGUCGAUUGGAUUAAUUAUGGUGAUGUAGUAAGACGUACGCAACAUAUAUCCGAUGGUUUACUAGUACAAUUUGGUCUACAACCACGACAAUCAUUCAUAGGGAUUUAUUCGAUCAAUUGUAUGGAAUAUACAUUGAUUGAAUAUGCAUGUUAUCGACAUUCAUUAGUGAUUGUACCGAUAUAUGAUACAUUAGGUCCAAAUAUAGCAUCAUUUAUUGCUAAUCAGACUGAAUUAACAAUCAUUGCUUGUGAUAAUAUUGAACGUUUGGAUCGUAUACUUGAACAAUCCAAACAAUUUCAUCAUCUAAAACAUUUGAUUUGGAUGAAAAGUGAUAAGAAAAUUACGAUGGAAAUGCGAAAAAAAGUGAUGGAUAAAGGUUUUCAAUUACAUAUAUUGGCUGAUAUUGAAAAGAUUGGCUCAAGCAAUCCUAUCGCUGAUGAUCAUAAACCAAAAAUCAGUGAUUUAGCUGUAAUUUGUUAUACAAGCGGAACAACUAGUACACCGAAAGGGGUAAUAUUAACACAUGAGAAUGUUAUUGCAAGUAUUGCGGCCAUUUGUAUACAUCUAAUGGAUCAACAUGCAACCGUUGAUGAUACAAUGAUUUCCAUAUUACCAUUAGCACAUAUGUUUCAACGUAUCGGUGAGGCUGCCGUUUUUAUAGAAGGUGGUAAAGUUGUCUAUUAUUCGGGUGACAUACGACAGCUUGCAGCGGAAAUUCUAAUCAUACGACCAACAAUCAUGUUGGCUGUACCACGUUUAUUGAAUCGUAUCUAUGAUGCAAUCUAUGCUAAAGUUCGUAACAAUAUUCUAAAACGUUGCCUAUUACAUUGGGCAUAUAGACAGAAACGUAAAGAUUUGGCUAGACACGUGAUCCGUAACAAUACCAUCUGGGAUCGUAUAGUAUUUGAUCGUGUCCGACAGAAUAUGGGUUCUCGUUUACGUUUGAUAUGUGUAGGUUCAGCACCGCUUAGUGCUGAUGUUCUUGAUUUUCUUCGUGUAGCCAUUGGUUGUGUGAUAUCCGAAGGUUAUGGCCAAACGGAAUGCGUUGGACCAUGUACAGCAACAUUGAUGGGUGAUGAAACUACUGGACAUGUUGGACCACCAUUAGUUGGUUCUAUUGUUAAAUUAGCUGAUGUACCAGAUAUGGGAUAUAAUAGUUGUGAUGGACGUGGUGAAAUUCUAGUCAAAGGACCGGUCGUAUUUCAAGGUUAUUAUAAAAUGCCCGAACAAACAGCGGAAAUAUUAGAUAAUGAUGGUUGGCUACAUACCGGUGAUAUUGGUUAUUGGAGCGCGGAAGGUACACUUCGUUUAAUUGAUCGUAAAAAGAACAUUUUUAAACUAUCACAAGGCGAAUAUAUUGCACCGGAAAAGAUUGAAAACAUCCUGAUCAAUAGUCAAUAUGUGCAGCAGAUAUUUAUUUACGGUGAUGGAUUUAAAUCAAUGUUGAUUGCUAUCGUCGUACCGGAUUUAGAUUUUAUUCAAUCAUUAGAUCAUCGAUUUCAUAUUGAACUGCCAUUAAUAGAAUGGACAGAAGAUCAAUUGAAUAGCCAACCAUUACCAAAAAAUCAAUUAAAAGAAUUAAUUAUCAAUGAUCUAAAACGUGUUGGACAAACAGCCGAUCUAAAAUCGUUUGAAUUACCUAAAAAUAUCUAUGUGAAAAAGUCACCGUUCACAAUCGAAGAAGGACUAUUGACACCAACAUUAAAAUCUAAGCGGAAUGCCAUCAGUAAACAUUUUGAAAAAGAAAUACAAAUGCUUUAUAAAGAAUUGGAACAAUAUAAACCUAAUCGUACAACGACGACAACAACAACGUCUACUACAACUAGAUAAAUCUUUUCCUCUCAUCAUCAUGUUUCAUGUGAAAGAAAAAAAAAGUUCAGUACAAAUCGUCAAUGAAGAAGAUUGCAAAUGACAAGAGUUACUAAAAGUUUUUUUCUCCUCUUUUUCAUCAUUUCGUUGAUUAUCAUCAUUAUAACUUUGCCGACAACAAAAAAAAUCAGGUUUCUAAUUAAUAGACCUACCCUGUAUUUUUUUCCUGGCUCCCGGUUUUACCUAUUUUUUAUAUUUGGACAAUGAAUUUCCGUUUUCACCCUAGUGUGUUUCUAUCAUUCGCAUCAAUGAUGCAAUUAAUUUUUUUUUCUUCGUUAAAACAAAAAUUCAUACCCCAUUAUGCAAUGGCGAGAAACAAGAAAAAACAAAAAUGAAAAAUUUCAUCCAACCAACCAACCAUCCAGGUUUAUAAUGAUCAUCACGAUGAUCAUGAUGAUGAUGACUAAACCAAACGAACCGGAAACCUCAAAACUAAAUGAAUAUAUGAUGGUGAACACACAAACAUACACACCAUCCAUCUAUACAUUCAUUUCCUUCAUUAUAGUGAGAUUUAUUUAUUAUGCGACAGCAGCAAAAAAAAAAAAAUUCAAUUCGGUAACGAUAAUCAUCAUCAUCAUCAUCA